AUGCAUAGAUUUGCCCUUGAUGUUCUUGGCAAAGCUGCUUUUGGGAUUGAUUUUGACAAAUUGGAUAAUCUAUUUGAUGAAAUUGUUGAAAAGAAACGCGAAGCUUUGACUAAUGAAAAUACCAAAAAACAGGGUGACCUUUUAGAGUUAAUGUUAAAAGCUUGCGAAGAUCCUGAGAAUCCGAAAUUAACAAAUAUUGAAUUCAGGGAUGUCCAACGAAAAGCUCGGGAAGAGAUCUUAAGAGUACUUGGUGAUGAUUUAACACCAUCGAUAGAGCAACAAAAAUCAUUAAAAUAUUUGGAUAUGAUUCUUCAUGAAAAUCUUAGAUUAUAUCCACCG